AUGAUGGGUAGAAAGAAGAAGCCAAAAUCAUCUUCAACGGCCGCAGUACAACCUGACCGUCAUGGAAGCGAUCAUCCCAUUGAGCUUGAGGGUAAUCCUGUUCACGAACUUCCCGCGCCUGCGAACCCACGUGCGCGUCCGGUUCACGAACUUUUAGCUUCACGCCCAGUUCAUGAACUUGCAGCUUCCAAUCCGGUUUACGAACUCCCUGGUUCGCGUCCGGUUUACGAACUUCCAGGCUCGACUCCACAUUCAGGUCCGCCACCUCCGCAUGUUCACGAAUUGCCGGCUUCGGAACUAGGAUAUAGGGCCUAG